CGGUGAGGGUGCAGAGCAUGUCCCCCCAGGAGCUGGCUGCCCUGCUCUGCGGGGAAGGGGACCAGCACCUCGCCCAGCAGGACCUGCCCACAGCCACCACCUUCUACCUGGCUGCCUUCAGCUGCUGUGCCCCCACAGCAGAGCAGAGGGUGACCCGCAUGGACAGCGGGCUCCGGGAGCAGCUCAUAGCCACUCUGGAGACCUGGUGCCAGGGCAAGGGGCAGAUCCCCAGGAUCCAGAGCAAGCACCUGGCCGUGGUGUCCCUCAGUGUGGGGAUAGCUGCCUUCUUCCUCUCCGCCCUGAGCCCCAACAACGUGGUGUCCUCUCUGUACGAGCUGGAGGCUCUGCUGCGGCGAGGGCGCCCGGAGGAGGUGCUGAGGAGAUGUGAUGUCCUGCUCCAGGCUGGCCCGGGGUGCCCCAUGGAGCUGCUGCUGCUCAGGGCCCUGGCAUUGGUGCUGUCGGGGUCGGGGCUCAGGGAGGGGGUGGCGGGGUACGUCCAAGCCUUCGAGCUGCACGGGGCAGAGGCGGUGGCCCACGUGUGCAGCAGGCAAGGGGAGCACCUGCCACGGGUCAUCCAGGCCUUCUCCAGCUACCUCUCGACGUGCCAGGAGGAGAGCCCAGACUGCAGCUCCUCGGAGCAGUGGCUGGGCAGCUGCUGGGGCUUCCUGGCUGCGGUGGCACCGGGGGAUGUCUGGGUGUGCAGGCUGCAGGCAGCUCACCUAUUAAAAACAGGCAAAUUCCAGGAGUGCGUGGAUGUUUGUACCAAGGCCCUCGAGGGCUUCUCAGCUGGUCAGCACAGAGAUGAGGCAGUUUUGGGUCUGCUCCUGGAACGGGCUGCUGCCUAUUUCUCCCUGGGUGGACGGAUGGAGGAAAUGAUGCAGGAUUUAGCAGAAGCCUUUGCUGCAAACCCUGCCCAGGCCAGGAGACACUUUGAAGAGCUUUUCUCACCCUGUGACGCUGAGAAGGUUGAAGAGCAGGCUAGAACUGUCCUGGAGGGGAGGUUUGCAGCAUACAGGGAGGCCGUGCGGGCUCGCACCGAGCUCAGGGGCAACCGUGGGGCUGAACUGCUCCCUCCUGUCAUCCAGACCAUCCAGCUCCUCCUGCACCUCUGCCCGGGGUCCCAGAGGGAGCUCAGUGUCCGUCUGGCAGAGUGCCAGCUCCUGCAGGGCCACCCCGGGGCUGCCCUGGGCAUCUGUGACCAGCUCCUGGCAGCAGAGCAGAGAACUUACCACAACACCCUGCUGGCACUGCGAGGGUUCUGCUCCCUGCAUGCCCAGGACCACCAGCAGGCCCUGCAGGACUUCCAGAAGGUCAUUGAGCACGAUUCCCCACAUCCCAACAGCUGCAUUAAAGCCUUGUGUGGCCGUGGGCUUGUCCGCAUUGCUGGUGGCAGCUCUUACCUGACAGCCCUGGAUUACAUCACUGCCUGCCAGUUAAAGCUGGAGGAAACCAUCUUCACCAUCAAGUCCUACGUGCCAUGGAACCAAAGGGGACUGCUGCUGAAAGUUCUCCAAGAGGAAGGACAGAGGAUGCUCCAGAAGAAGAGAGAUGCCCCUGGGGUUUUCCAGCUGGCCUGUCUCUUGGUGGAGCUGGACACUGCUGAUGAGGCCUCCAGGAUCCUCUGUGCUGAUGCCCUGUACCAGAUGGGCCGUGGAGAAGAAGCCCACAGGCUGCUCUCGCUGGCCCUCUCCAGGAACCCCCAAAGAGCUCCUGUCCUGGCCAGGCUGGCGCUGCUGCAGCUGAAGAAAGGGUUUGUGUGUGAUGGAAACCAGCUGCUACAGAGGGUGAUCAGGACUGGAGAUACCUCCUGCCUCCUGCCCAUCAUGGACAUUUUCCAGGCUGAGGACAGGAAGCUGAUGCAAACCCACUGCCAUUUCCAAGCACUGGCCAUCCUGGAGAGCCAACAGGAGGAUGUUCACAUCAAAGAGGCCAUUGCCUACCUGUCCUGUGCAAUUAUUGCUGCAGGUGGUGGUGCUGGGGAUUGCCUCCUCAGCAGGGCUCGCUGCUACGGGCGCCUGGGGCAGAUGAGAACUGCGAUUUUUGACUUCAAUGCCAUCCUGAGGGAGGAUCCCAGGAACGUGCAGGCUCUGAGCGGCCGAGGGUUCGUGUUCCUGGCUCUGAGGCAGCAGAAGGAGGCAGUGCAAGAUCUGAUCUCGGCCCUGAAGGUGGAGGCAGGAGCAGUGAUCCCAGCAAUCCUGUCCCUGAAGGGUGAGGCCCAAGAGCUGCUCACUGGGUGGCUCCUCCAGCACGGCAGGGCUGCGCUGACCCAGCUCGUGGCCACCAGAGACACCUCGAAAGCAGAAACCCUCAGGGACCUCCUGGUGAUUGCAAGAGCACUGAUCAAAAUCCGCAGGGCUGCACAGUAUCACAUCUUCUACACAGAUGUUCUGAUUGCAAGUGGGAGGUGUGAGGAGGCCCUGACCCACCUCCAGGGAGCCUUUGGCCACUGCCCCACCGAGGACUGUGCCAGGGCACGACUGGCUGUGCUGCAGCUGAAGAGGAGGGACGUGGCAGGAGCAGCUCACUCGCUCAGUGCCCUGGCCCAGAGAGAUGAAAGGGAGCUGGAAUUUCUCCUGAGCUUCGUGGACACCAAGCAGCAGCAGCAGCUGGCUCAGCCCCAAGUCCCUUUGUCCCCGCAGGUGGCUGCCCAGCAGGGCCGGGUGCUGGUGGCAGGGCAGCAGUACGAGAGGGCCCUGGGGUUCCUGUCCCUGGCCGUGGUGGCCGGAGGGUCCAGCCCGCGCUCCCUGCGCCGCAGGGCCCAGUGCCUGGGGCUGCUGGGGCAGCACCAACGGGCCCUGGCAGACAUGGACACCCUGAUCCGGGGGCACGGCGGGCACAGCCCGAGGACACGAGCAAAGGAUCUGUGCUCCAGGGCCCUGCUGCUGCUGGCCGUGGGGCAGGAGGAGGCGGCGGUCCAGCAGUACAUCCAGGCCCUGCGGCUGGACCGGCCCGCGGCACUGGGCAGCAUCUCGGAGCAUCCCGGCAGCCAGGCCCUGGCCAGGACCUUCCACAGGAUUGCACAGCAAAACUUGGAAAUGCAGCAUUAUGAAGAGGCCUGGGAGGUCAUGGAUUAUGGGCUUCAGAUUGAUAAAACCCCCGAGCUCCAGAGGCUGAAGGCGAGGCUGAAGCGAGAGGCGUCGGGCUGCAGCAUCCACUGA